AUGCACUUACCUGUUCUCCUUCGGGUAUUGAUCCUCGUACCAUUUGUUCUUGCAGCUCCAAAAUAUGGAGAGUCAUCUCUCACCAAGAGAUGUGUGAAUUCUGCGGAUGAUCGUUCAUGUUGGGGAGACUAUGAUAUAUCCACCAACUAUUACAAUGAUGGGCCAGACACAGGUGUCGUCAGAGAAUAUUGGUGGGAUAUAGUCAACACAACUGCAGCUCCGGAUGGAAUUGAGCGUGUAAUUCUAUCUGUUAAUGGAAGUGUGCCUGGUCCGACUAUAAUCGCCGACUGGGGAGAUACAAUUGUGAUACACGUCAAAAAUUCAAUGCCAAACUAUGGUACGGGUAUUCAUUUCCAUGGGAUUCGUCAAAACUACACCAAUCAAAUGGACGGAGUUCCAUCAAUAACGCAAUGUCCCAUCGCCCCUGGAACAUCUUUCACUUAUACUUGGAAGGCAACCCAGUACGGAUCAUCAUGGUAUCAUUCCCACUUCUAUGUACAGGCUUGGGAUGGCAUCUUUGGUGGUAUACAGAUCAAUGGCCCUGCGACAGCCAAUUACGAUGAAGAUUUGGGCACUUUAACUCUUAGUGAUUGGUCUCACGUAACAGCGGAAGUUGAGGCUGUUGCGGCGCUAGCUGCACCUCCAACACUCGACAACGGACUCAUCAAUGGUACAAAUACCUACAACAACUCUGGUACCAUCGUUGGUUCGCGUUUCGAAACAACUUUCAAGAGUGGAACUCGAUAUCGAAUUCGGCUUGUCAAUACUGCAGCCGACACGCAUUUCAAAUUUAGCAUCGACAAUCAUACCAUGGAGGUGAUUGCGGCUGACUUUGUUCCAAUUGUACCGUAUACUUCUGAUACCAUUGCCAUCAGUAUGGGACAAAGAUAUGAUAUCAUUGUCACUGCGAAUGCAGCAGUUGAUAAUUAUUGGAUGAGGGCAGUUGCUCAAACUGUCUGUAGUAAAAACGUCAAUGCGGAUAAUAUUUAUGGUAUUGUCAGGUAUGACAGCACUUCUACUGAUGAUCCAACUUCUGUUCGUUGGGCAAAUGCUUCAACUGACGAACUUUGUGAGGAUGAACUCAUGACUUCUCUUGUUCCAUACGUACCAAUUGUAGCAUCGGAUUCUCCGGCAGAAGAGGAUGAAUUCUCUGUUAUCAUCAACAAAACUAACGGUGUAAUUUGGCAAAUGGGAACUCAUUCUUUCCUUAAUCAGUGGGAUUAUCCGACACUAUUACAGUCUUACGAAGGCAAUGAUACAUGGGCACCAGAACAAGAAGUUUAUCAGUUACCAGUAGCUAAUGUUUGGGUUUAUUGGAUAAUUGAAACAACAAAUGCCCAAUCACACCCCAUGCACCUCCAUGGACACGAUUUUUGGGUUUUGGGCCAAGGUACUGGAACUUACGAUUCGACAACGGCCAAUUUGACAUUAGUCAAUGCACCACGAAGGGAUGUCGUGCUUUUACCAGGUUCUGGAUGGGUAGUGAUGGCUUUCUACACAGAUAAUCCAGGAGCGUGGAUUAUGCAUUGUCAUAUUGCUUGGCAUACUUCAGAAGGAUUGGCAGUCCAAAUUCUUGAAAGAGAGAGUGAGCUAGUUGAUCUCUUGGACGGCGACUUAUUGAAUUCAACGUGUGCUGCUUGGAAUUCCUAUGCUUCAGCUGAUAAUGUAAUUCAACCUGACUCUGACGCUAUUCCAGGAAAGGGUGAAAGUAACCUUACAUUCGGUCUCGAACUCGAAUAUAUUUUCGCUACAGUGGAUGCAGAUAAGCCUGAUCCCCAUCCUGAAGAUCCUCGCGAGGUAGAUGGCAAGAAAUUUCCUGAUAAAGAAGCUAUCAAUCGCGAUAUCCUCAAGAAGUUGACGGGUGUUGGUAUACCAGCAGUCAUUACGAGUAGUGAUAUGACAGAUGAGGAGUCCAUAACAUGUUGGAUUUUGAAAGAGGAUACAACUGUUGGCGAUAACACUCUCAGGCCUGCUGAAAAUAAGAGUAAGAUCUACCAUAGAAAUGGAAUGGAGAUGACUUCCCCUCCUUAUUAUUAUACUGAACCUGCUCGGAAUGCGAUCAGAAAAGUGUUAAAAACGGUAAGAGAAAAUUAUAGGGUAUGUGUUGAUGAGACCGCAGGCUUACAUGUUCACGUAGGUAACUCGUUCAACGGUUUUCAUUUCCUAAUACUUCAACACAUUUUAGCUAUUGCGUACACAUAUGAACGACAAACAGAAUUGAUCUUUUCAUCAGAUCGUGUAUCAGGUGAAUGGUGCCCCCCUUUUUCAAAAGGUCGUUUUGGUAUGGCGAAUCCUGACCUCACAAGAGUCGAAGUUGUUGAAAAGAUCCUAGGAUACACCGAUAAUGAGUCAUUGAUUGAAGAUUUUGGUGAGUCAUUAACGGCAGGUCGCCUCGCGUUCAACUUAGAAGGUCUAAAAACUCCUUACCAAGAUGGAAUACGCACCAUUGAAUUUCGACACCAUCAAGGCUCUCUUGAUCCUGGAGCUAUUCUCAACUGGAUACAUGUAUGUGUUAAGUUGGUGGAAAAAGCAUGUUUUGCCAAACAUGAUGAAUUGUUGGCGCAACUACGACAAGAUAUCGCAAAGCCGAUUGGAUUUGGUGAAGGGGAUCUUAGUACGAUUGACUUCCUCAUGUGGCUCGGCUGCCCAGCUCAAGCCUAUUACUAUUGUGCCAACAUGGUAAUUGACAAAAAUACUUUUGAACAGAGGAUUAAAGAUGACACAGCACGUCAAGAAAAGUCCCUCAAGUGGGCUCGUGCUCGUCUCAUCAGGCUCGCGAAGGAUGCUGAGGAACACGAGGCAAGAGUUGCAGCGCGUCUGGGAAAGGAUGGAUCCAAAGAAUCAGAGCCAACUACAAGUAACUCUGAAUCUGCAGAUGAGAAUGAAGCUGACCAAGACGAAGGAGGCAAUGAUGGGAGCGGCGAUAGCGGGAAUACUCCAUCCAAUCCAAACGAAGAUGAGUCAUGA